UUGUCCCGGGCUCGGGGGCCCAGGAGCUGCGAUCUUGUCUGUCCGGCUAGGGGCCUCUCGCCUCUGCUCUGGGCAGGCUCUUCCCCGCCGGAGCUCGGGUUGGAUGUGGAGCUGGAGGGUCCCCAGAGCCCGCCCCGCCGGACAGCUGCUUCCCGCUGACCAUGGCUCUGGGUUCGAAAGGGAAGCAAACGUUUCUGGUUAUCUGGGGGCGCGCUAUGUCUGAAGCUUGUGAAAAGCAUGGAAAAGGAGGCUCUUUGGCAAUGAGAGUCGUCCUUUACUUACUUAAUUUACGUCGAAAAGGACAUAAUGGCAGUUUACAGUAUCUUUUUUAAAGUGGAGAAGUGCGGGAUUAUGGAGAAGGAUCACCUCUGCUAUGUUAUCCUUUGAGGAAAAUGAGUUCUCAAGGAGAGAAAUCUGAACAAAUCAAACAACCCCUUAAGAAGCCAAAGUUACCAGAAGGUCGUUUUGAUGCACCAGAAGAUUCCAAUUUAGAGAAGGAACCACUGACAAGUCCUCGAUGGGCUUCCUGGAAUAUUGGUGUGUUUAUUUGCAUCCGAUGUGCUGGCAUCCAUAGGAAUCUUGGGGUUCAUAUAUCCAGGGUCAAGUCAGUCAACCUAGACCAAUGGACACCAGAACAGAUUCAGUGCAUGCAAGAUAUGGGAAAUACUAAAGCAAGACUACUAUAUGAAGCCAAUCUUCCAGAGAACUUUCGAAGACCACAGACAGAUCAAGCAGUGGAAUUUUUCAUCAGAGAUAAAUAUGAAAAGAAGAAAUACUACGAUAAAAAUGCUAUAGCUAUUUCAAAUAUUUCCUCAUCUGAUGCUCCUCUUCAGCCUUUGGUAUCCUCUCCUUCUCUACAAGCUGCUGUUGAGAAAAACAAAUUGGAGAAAGAAAAGGAAAAAAAAAAGGAAGAGAAAAAGAGAGAAAAGGAGCCAGAGAAGUCUGUGAAACCUCUUACAACUGAAAAGCUGCAGAAGAAAGAAGAUCAGCAAUUGGAGCCUAAAAAAAGUACCAGCCCUAAAAAAGCUGCAGAGCCCACUGUUGAUCUUUUAGGACUUGAUGGGCCUGCCGAAGCACCAGUGACAAAUGGGAACACAGCCACGGUGCCAGCCCUGAAUGAUGAUCUGGACAUCUUUGGACCCAUGAUUUCUAAUCCCUUACCCACAACUGUCAUGCCCCCAGGUCAGGGGACGUCCUCUGUACCAGCAGCUGCUCCUCUGUCUACAGUGACAUCUGGGGAUUUGGAUCUGUUCACUGAGCAAACUACAAAGUCAGAAGAGGUGGCAAAGAAACAACUCUCCAAAGACUCCAUCUUAUCUCUGUAUGGCACAGGGACUCUCCAGCAGCAGAGUGCUCCUGGAGUAUUUAUGGGACCCACAAAUAUACCGUUUACCUCACAAGCACCGACUGCAUUUCAAGGCUUUCCAUCCAUGGGCGUGCCUGUGCCUGCAGCUCCCGGCCUUGUGGGAAACAUGAUGGGACAGAGCGCAGGCAUGAUGGCUGGCAUGCCCAUGCCCAACGGCUUCAUGGGAAACGCACAGACUGGAGUGUUGCCGCUUCCCCCAGGUGUGGUUGGCCCCCCCGGAGGAAUGGUGGGACAGAUGGGUGCACCCCAGAGCAAGUUUGGCCUGCCGCCAGCACAGCAGCCCCAGUGGAAUCUCUCACAGGUGAACCAGCAAAUGUCUGGCCUGAGCUUGGGCAGCACGGCCCCCGCGGGGGCCCUCGGCCAGCCCCCCAGCACCACAGCGGGCUGGGCAGGGAGCUCGUCGGGUCAGACGCUCAGCACACAGCUGUGGAAGUGAGCACGCAGCACCUCCUCCAAGGCGCCCGCGGCCUUCUUGCUGCAACGCAUCCAGCUCCCCUGUUCAUUCAUGUACAUAUUUUUUUCCCCUCAUUUGUUCAUAUUAAGAAUUAUCUGAUCGACCGUGUUGGUCUGUGCUGAUUAAAUUUGAUGUGGUGAAAAGCAGGUUGAGAAACCAUUUCAUAUCAAGGGCGCCUUUGCCCGUAACUCCCAUGAUGUCAUAGACACCUUAUCUGAGAAGCUGCUCAGUCAACCUGCAUAAUGGGUUUCACUCUCGAUGCAACUGUAGCUCUAACGUUUGCAUAUAAGGGCAGUAGUUAUCAUGUUAGUAAUACUUCUAACAGUAUAACCCCACCCCCAAAUUAGCCAGUAAUCCUGUAGGAAGGUACUGUAUGAUCAAAUGUUUAAUCAUAUAAAUAGAAUGUAAGUGUGUCACUGAGCACUGCUCCCAUGUGUAGCCAGAUUCUUUUAUUCCAUCAGUCACUUUACUGUGCUGUUGUUAUGAUGUGCUUAACAGGGAACGUGGCUAGUGAAAGGAAGAUAAACCUGGAUGUCACUACAAAACUUAGUUUAGCAAAUGUUCAAAGAAGUCAGGUUUUGUACCUGCCUCUCUCAGAGUUUGGCUCUCUUCCUGUGUCCACACAGUGCUAACAUGAAGACCUUCUGUGCACUCGAUGCAAACAGGGUAACUAAACAAGCCACUUCAGUCCUUGAAGGUGUAUCCAGGUCCAUGAUGGUAAUUGUGUUUACAUUUUAUGGUGCCUAGUACUGACAGAUGUUAUAUCCCUAUAUUAAACGGAUGAAUCCAUA